GCCCACUUUCCAGAUCGCCUCACACGUAAUUGGUCAAUAUGGCUUUUCGUGUGUCAUUGGACCAACGGACUGUCAAUCAGGAAGAGCGUUCAAUCAGGUGACAGGAUGACGCAGUUAGCCCUGCCCCGUUAGCCGAUGUAACGAGUCAUCCUGCUGUUAGCAUGAGUUAGCUCAAAGAUACCCUUUGUAUGAAACUCACCCUCAUCCUGACCUGGCUCCGCCCACCGACACGCAGCUCCGGUACCUGCCAGGUGAGCCGUGCUCUGGCCUUCACGCGCUCCUCAGACUCACCUCAGCGCGCGGACACGUUAGGAGCUCUCGUCUCAACGAGGAAGUGCCCGAAAAGCGUUAAAGGGGAGUGUCCUGCGAGCCGCCGCGCGCUGAUUGGCUGGGAGAGGUGUGAUGUGCGCUGUGAUUGGCGGAUGGGAUGUGUCUGUUUAUGAGGCUACGGCGAACGAGAGGAACACGCCGAGCGGAGCAGACUUCAGCAGCAAGUCAAUAAAGAGCAGAGACAUGAUACAUAACAAACAAACACACCUUUAUUAAAAGAGUUUACAACAAACAUCAGAAAUCAGUACAGAAGGAGCUCUAAACACGGGCUCUACUGUCAUUACACACAUGAACAGAACCAGGAUCCAAACAUCAACAGAACCAGGACCAUACAUGAACAGAACCAGGACCCAAACAUCAACAGAACCAGGACCAUACAUGAACAGAACCAGCGCCAUUGCUGAACAGAACCAUGGCCCAAACAUCAACAGAACCAGGACCAAACAUGAACAGAACCAGGACCAUACAGGAACAGAACCUGGACCCAAAUUUCAGCAAAACCAGGUCUCAACAGGUGUCCUACAGAGUGUCCUACAGAGUGUCCUACAGAGUGUCCUACAGAACGCCUACAGAGUGCCCCACAAAGUGCCCUUCAGAGUGUCCUACAGAGUGCCCUACAGAGUGCCCUACAGAGUGCCCUACAGAGUGUCCUACAGAAUGCCUACAGAGUGCCCUACAGAGUGUCCUACAGAACGCCUACAGAGUGCCCUACAAAGUGCCCUUCAGAGUGUCCUACAGAGUGCCCUACAGAGUGCCCUACAGAGUGUCCUACAGAAUGCCUACAGAGUGCCCUACAGAGUGUCCUACAGAGUGUCCUACAGAAUGCCCUAAAGAGUGCCCUACAGAGUGUCCUACGGAGGGGACAGGUGUUUAUUUGAUGAAGCUGUAGAGGAAGGAGCCGACGAUGAGGGCCAGAAUGACCAUGCAGCAGAAGAUCAUCAUUUGUUUCUGAGGAGA